CCAAAAGGCAACUUGAAGCGACGGGAAAUUAACGAGGUGCGCCGCAUGUCGCGUUGCACGUCAAACGCUGGCACCACGGACGUCAAAUUGGGUGAGGUGCUCCGACGUCGACCAGUGCCGAUUUCGCCGCGACCUGCUCCAUGUACAAGCAAUACAUCAAGGCUACUUCGACGCGCUUCGCCCGCCCCGCGUCCUCGAUGGGCUCGCCGGCCACGAGCAUCUACGACCAAGCUCGGCCCGACUACCCGAGCAGCGCGAUGGCACCACUCAAGAAGGUGCUGCACCUCGAGACUGACCCGCGCAAGAAGCCGCUGUAUGAUGUCGUCGACGUUGGCGCGGGCUCGGGCAAGCUCACGCGGGCGCUGCAGCGGUUGCUGCCCGCCCACACGACGCUCGCCGCCGUCGAAGCGUCGGUCGCGAUGCGGUCUGAAUUCCAGACCGCGUUUCCAAGCAUUCCCGUGAUCGAAGGCAGCUCGAGCAGCACGCGCCUCCCGUCCGAGUCGGUCGGCAACAUCACGGUCGGCCAAGCGAUCCAGUGCGCUGCCGAGCGCAACACGCUCGACGAAUUUCACCGGAUCCUCGUACCCAACGGCCGGCUAAGCGUCGUCUGGAACAGCGUCGACCUCUCCGAGACGCCCUUUAUGCACGAAGUCGACAAGAUCCUCAAGUCGUUCAACAUCCUCAAGCCCGAAGAGGCCACGUCCGAGGCGCGUCGACUCCACGACUGCUUUGUCGAGAAGACGCACUUGUUCACUCCGCUCGAGUCGCUUCGCAUUCCGAUCGUGCACACAACGACGGUCGACGCGGUCGUCGAGUACCUCUUGACGCUGAGCGUAGUCGAGAGUCUACCGCACCGCAAGCAAACCGACAUUCGGCUGUCGAUCGGACGCCUCAUCGAGUCGCGGGCCAAGGUCACGUACGACGGCGGCCAGAAAUACGUCGACCUUCCUUGCCUCGUCGAGAUGUUUUGGUGCACAAAGCGGCCGCUCGAGAGUAUGUCGCAGCACAUUGCGCCGCCGACGGCCCGUGUCAUGAGCCAGUAGACGCACCGCCUUUCUAAUCUAUCAACAACUAUCUAAAUACCUUUUGUACGAA